UGGCCAGAGUCACUUUGAGUGUUCAGCUGGGAAGAGGCCCUGCUGCCCCAUCUGUGGGUCUUGCUUGGUGGUCUAUCUGGCUGACCAUCUCUGCCUCUGUCCAUUCAUCCCCCCAGUCAUGGCUCAGCGCAGUGGGGUCACACUUAGCCUGGUGGUGCUGGGGCUGGUCCUGGCCAUCACCGUGCCUCUGGUGGUCUUCUUCCGACACCAUGCCCCCUGCGGUCCCCGAGCCUUUGUCCACGCGGCCGUAGCUGCCGACUCCACCGUCUGCUCGGACAUUGGACGUGCCAUCCUGCAGCAGCACGGCUCGCCCACGGACGCUGCCAUCGCUGCCCUGGUCUGCACCAGCGUGGUCAACCCCCAGAGCAUGGGCCUGGGCGGAGGGGUCAUCUUCACCAUCUAUGAUGCCGCCACAGGGAAGACAGAAGUUGUCAAUGCCCGGGAGACGGUGCCUGCCAGACCUGUCCCGGGCCUGCUGAACCACUGUGAGCAGGCACAGCCACUGGGCACAGGGGCCCGCUGGAUCGGGGUCCCGGGGGAGCUCCGGGGUUAUGCUGAGGCCCACCGCCGCCACGGCCGCCUGCCCUGGGCGAGGCUUUUCCAGCCCACCAUUGAGCUGCUGAAGGGGCCGUUCCAGGUGCCUCCUGUCCUCGGCCAAUUCCUGAACAGCAGCUUCCUGCGGCCCUUUCUGCUGGCCUCCUCCCUCAGGCAGCUCUUCUUCAACGGGACAGAGCCCCUGAGGGCUGGGGACCCACUGCCGUGGCCUGCACUGGUGACAACCCUGGAGACAGUGGCCACAGAGGGAGCAGAGGCCUUCUACACGGGGGCGCUGACCCACAGGCUGGUGGAGGAUAUAGCCAAAGAAGGGAGCCAGCUGACCCUGCAGGACUUGGCCGCCUUCCGGCCUAAGGUGAUGGACGCCCUGGCCUUGCCCCUGGGGGACUACACACUGUACACAUCGCCGGCUCCUUCAGGGGGUGCCCUUCUUGGGUUCAUCCUCAACGUGCUGCAAGGGUUCAACUUCUCCGCGGAGUCCGCUGCCAAGCCACAAGGGCGUGUGAGCAUGUACCAUCAGCUGGUGGAGACUCUCAAGUUUGCCUGGGGACAGAGGUGGCGCCUAUGGGACCCUCAGAGCCACCCGGAGGCCCAAAAUGUCUCCCUGGACCUGCUGGGGAGUGCCUUGGCUCAGAACAUACGCCAGCAGAUCGACCCCCGGGGAGACCACCCGCUCAGCCACUACGGCCUGGCUGGGGCCCGGGGCCUGCAGACGGGCACUGCCCACGUGUCCGUACUGGGGGAGGAUGGCAGUGCGGUGGCUGCCACCAGCACCAUCAACACACCCUUCGGAGCCAUGGUCUACUCCCCCCAGACUGGCGUCCUGCUGAACAAUGAACUCCUGGACUUGUGCUGGAGACACCCCCCGGGCCCUUCGACUCUUCUUCCUCCACCAAACACCCCCAGCCCUCCUGAGGACCCAGCACAGAGAGGCACGUACCUCUCAUGCUCUGACCCGCCCACCCUCUCUCCCCUCCAGGAGGUGCGGACGGGGCUCCGGGACAGGGGUCAGAAAGAGACCCGCAUACCCUACUUCCUGAAUGUGGUCCAGGCUGUGUCCCAGGAGGGGCCCUGCGUGGUCGCCGUGUCGGACCCCAGGAAGGGCGGGGAGGCGGCCGGCUACUAAGGAAAGCUGCCCUACCCUGGUCCUCCCAGGGCCAUUUGGGCCUCUACCUAGUUGGGGGCAGGAGGAGGGAGGAGCCAGCGUCGUGGGUGAUGACUCCCACCAGCCCCGGCUUCCCUCCCUCUGCACCUCUCCCAGCCCCUGGGAGCUUCCUUACUGCGCACAUGUGUCCUAUUAAAGUGGAGGUCCUGUU